GAAGACUGGUGAAUAUGGGUGACUUGUAUGAGCAAGCAUGACACAGCUAGCUUGCUUGCUUGCUUCCUCCCCACCAUGCAACAAACCUCCCCACCAUGCAACAAACAACAAAUCUCUCUCUCUCUCUCUCUCUCUCGUGUUUCUGAAAUCAUGGGUUUUACAUUGUCCUGAUGUAUUGCUCUCUAGAAUCCCACCUGCUCUUACUUUACCUUCUUUUUCAUAUUCUCUCCACCUCCUCUCCCAACAAACCCACUUUCUAAAUCCAUCCAUAUGUAUCUAUCUGUAUAAAUAUAUGUGAGUGAGUGUGAAUAUAUUCUACAUUCAUAUAUAGCUUUGCAAGAACAAAUCAAUUAGUAAUUACUACCACCAAAUCCAUAAAUCUUCCCUUCCAGAUCCAUCGCUUUGUUUGUAUUACCAUACAUUUCCCCCACAUUUAUAUAAUACCCCCCAAUAUUUGCUCAGGGAAAAAAGGGAAGAGCAUUUUCCCGGGAAAGUGAAAAACAGGUCGGGAAUGGGGCAUGAAGAUCAUCGCUCUGCUUCUCCUUCCUAUGGCAGUUCAGCUGUUUCUGAACCGGCAUGUCCCCUUCAGAACCGUUUUGAAGCCGGUUCUUCGCUCUACUUUCCGACAAAUGGAGUGGAGAACCUGCCGGAGCUAAACGAAAAUGGGGAGGCUGAAGUGGACGGAGCGGCGAUCGGACAUCUGAGAUUCGUCGACGAGGCGGCCAGCGGAGGGUUGGAGUGGAAGGAUGUGGAGGCGCGGUUCGACCGGAUUGCCAAUAUCAAACCGGGACAGGCUCGGGCAAUCAGCGCGGCCGAUUUCGGUUUCUGUAUCGGUAUGCAGAAGAGUGCAGAGUUUGCUAAUGAGCUUUUAGCAGCACUGAGAGGAAGAAAAGAUUUAGGGGCAGAAAUCACAAAAGCCGAGCUGCAAAAACACUGGCAUCGCCUCACUAAUCCGCUCCUCAGUUGGAGAGUACAAACUUUCUUCGACUUAUGUGAUAGGGACAUGGAUGGAAGAAUAUCUCACAUGGAACUCAAGCAGGCUGUUUUGCUAAGUAGCUCCUGCAAUAAGCUAUCUGUAACCCAGAAAGAAGCAGAACAACAUGCUGCUCUGAUCAUGGAAGAACUUGAUACUGAAAGCCGAGGCUAUAUCCAGGUUGGCCAGCUAGAGGCUCUCUUCAAACAAAGCAUAUCAAAGGACCAUUUGUCCACCGGUCCAAAUUCAUCGAGGCAUGCUCGCAAUUACCCGUACCAAGAGCCAGCAUCGACUGCUGAGAUCUUAUUUCGGACCUAUUGGCGACGAGGAUGGAUGAUCAUGCUGUGGUUGUUGGUCUGCAUUGCACUGUUUGCGUGGAAAUUUACUCAGUACAGACAUAGGAAAGCCUUUGAAGUAAUGGGAUACUGUCUUUGCACUGCCAAGGGGGCUGCUGAAACCUUGAAGUUCAACAUGGCUCUUGUUCUUCUCCCGGUUUGUCGAAACACGCUGACUUGGCUGCGCAAGCACCGACAGAUUAGUUCAGUGAUUCCAUUUAACGACAACAUCAACUUCCACAAGUUGAUUGCAGGAGGGAUAGUUGUAGGGGUGAUCUUACAUGGGGGCACACACCUUGCCUGUGAUUUUCCGAGGAUCAGUGGCUCUGACAACAUCGUCUUCCAGCAAACAAUUGCAGCCCGGUUCGGGUACCAUCAACCGUCUUACUUAGAGAUAUUGGCCACAACCGAGGCUGCAACUGGAAUUGCCAUGGUCAUUCUAAUGGCCAUUUCGUUUUCUCUGGCGACAAAGUGGCCUCGACGCAGGUCACCAUCCCUGCCAAGAUCGAUUCGACAAGUCACUGGAUUCAAUACCUUUUGGUACUCACACCACCUCUUCAUCCUUGUGUAUGCAUUACUCCUCAUUCACUCCAUGUUCCUCUUUCUAACCAGUGAUGCAGCUGAGAAGACGACAUGGAUGUACAUUGCCAUUCCAGUUUUACUAUACGCCAGCGAGCGAAUAUCUCGAGCCAUAAGAUCAGAGUUCAGAGAUGUAAAGAUUCUGAAGGCAACUAUUUUUCAAGGAAAAGUACUGUCCCUGACAAUGAGCAGGCCAGAAGGAUUCAAAUACAGAAGUGGGAUGUACAUCUAUAUCCAAUGUCCUAAAAUUUCACCAUUUGAAUGGCACCCAUUUUCCUUAACUUCUGGACCAGAAGAUGACCACCUAAGCAUUCAUAUUAGAGCUCUUGGAGAUUGGAGUUACCAGAUGUACAGUCUCUUCCAAGAGGUCAUUAUCUCUGCAGGCCCCAUGGAGUACCCAAGAAUAUAUGUAGAUGGACCAUAUGGGGCAGCCUCUCAAGAUUGCCUGAAAUAUGACAUCCUCGUAUUUGUCGGCCUUGGCAUAGGAGUCACACCUUUCAUUAGCAUCCUCAAAGGCAUCUUCAAAUGUCUUCAAAAGCCGGUUCAUGGCCAUCAUUGUGUAGGAACUAUGGCAAAAUGCCCAUCAAAUGCCUAUCUGUAUUGGGUCACAAGAGAACAGUGCUCUCUCCAAUGGUUCGGAGAUGUCAUGAAGGAAAUAUCAAGCAGAAAAGAGCAGGAUGUGAAUGUGAUCGAGAUGCACAACUUCCUAACCGGUGCUUAUCAAGCUGGGGAUGCAAGAUCAGCCUUACUAAGCGCAAUUCAAGCUUUAUGUUAUGCAAAGAAUGGUAUUGACAUUGUUUCUCAUACUCGGGUGCAAACACAUUUUGGUCGGCCAAAUUGGCCGAAAAUGCUCUCAACUUUGGCUCGUCGACACGAAGGAGCACGGAUUGGAGUUUUCUACUGUGGUCCAUUGAUGCUGGCAAGAGAGCUGGAGGCCUUGUGCACCAAAUUCUCCACCAAAUGCACCACAAGAUUUGUAUUUCAUAAGGAGAACUAUUAACUGCUUCUUGUAACAUUACCAUAAAUGAAGGCCAUUACCGCAUAUGAGGUUAACUGCUUCUUGUAACAUUGCUCGUCAUUACUGAUAUAUUAGUACAUAUUGAUUUUGUGUAUCAACACCACACAAACACAAUCGAUGAGUUCAGAGUUCAUUUUUAUUUUGCUUUGCUAACAGGAACUCAA